AUGCGCAAUCUUCGGAAUCUCAAGCACGCGGCCAUCAGCUUUGGUCAGGAUGGCGCAGGUGCCCUACCCACGGCAACAGCAUGGGGCGGCACAGGACUCAUAUGUGCUUUUGGUCCAUCAGAGUCAGACCCGGCCAUCACACUCAAACGACUCCCCAACGAUGCGUACAGUCCGGACCAAGCUUACAACAUCACUUCUUGGGACGCACCAUCUCCGAACCCGGAUCUCGCAGUGGACCGCAUUCUAAACAUACAUUGCCUACAGGAAAGCGGCAUGAUAUGUCUGGUCCUGGAAGGAGGAGACAUCAUCAUCGUGCGCGAAGACGCUCAAGACGGUGAAGAUCAGAUUGAGAUUGUUGGUUCGGUGGAUGCUGGUAUUGCGGCGGCGUCAUGGAGUCCUGACGAGGAGCUACUUUCUAUUGCCACCAAGGCCGACACACUCCUGUUCAUGACUAGGGAUUUCGAAGGAAUCGCAAACAUCACGUUCUCGAGCGAUGAUCUCAAGGUUUCGAAUCAUGUCUCAGUGGGCUGGGGUAAGCGGGAGACGCAAUUCCAAGGACGCGGUGCGAAAGCUCUUCGAGAUCCUACAGUACCUGAACACGUUGAUGAAGGUAAGCUAAGCACCUUCGAGGACGGGAGAACCACUAUCAGCUGGAGAGGCGAUGGCCAGUACGUCGCUGUGAACAGCAUACUGGACAACGCUCGCAGAGUGAUCCGAGUGUACUCUCGAGAAGGUGAGCUGGACAGCGUCAGCGAACCGGUUGAUGGCCUCGAAGGUGCCCUGAGCUGGAAGCCAAGCGGCCAACUCUUAGCCGGCAUCCAGAGGAAGGAGGACAAAAUUGAGGUCGUGUUCUUCGAGAGGAACGGCCUUCAGCAUGGUGAGUUCUCUCUCAGGUUGAGCAAAGACGAGAUCGACACGAUCGGCGGCUCCGUGGCCCUCGACUGGAACAACGACUCUUCUGUCCUGGCGGUCUCAUUAAAGGAUCGUGUCCAGCUAUGGAUAAUGGGAAACUAUCACUACUACCUCAAGCAGGAGAUCCAGCUCGACACUGCACUGCACGGAGCAGUGAACACAACAUGGCACUCAGAAAAGCCAUUGCGCCUAGCUUGCUUCGCUGACUUAAGCUUGCGCAUGCUGGACUAUACCUUCGAGGUUGCACGAGGCUCUGUAGUCCCUCCAUACGACCUUGGUAUUGUCGCAGUAAUCGAUGGACGGAAGCUGAAAGUCACUCCUCUCAGGACUGCCAAUGUACCGCCGCCAAUGGCCCUUGAUGAGAUAGACCUUGUCUCCGAAGCUAUUGAUGUUGCUAUCAAUAAGACAGGUACAAAGAUUGCCGUCCUACACAACAAUCAAGUCACCCUCUGGAGCUGCGACUAUGCAUCGAAGCCCGUCAAACGUGCCGGAACCACUCUCACAUCGUCCACCGAGCUUAAUAUGGAGAGGGUGGUGCAUCGACAAAUAGCGUUUGGCGAAGAAGAUGACAUUACUGUAGUCUCAGCCUCGGUCAACGCUUCUGGCGCACGACUGACCCGCCUGAGUGGGAGUCGUGGCCGUUCGGUUGAUGACGUGGAGACGACCACACUGCUUUGUCCAUGCACUGAUCACGACCGGACGAUAGCACAAGAUGCGAGCGGUGCUGUAACAGACCUGAGUGUCGCACCUGGCCGCUCGGUGGGCAAGCUACCGACGGUGUGCACAUCAGUCGAAGUUUGGACGCAUGAAGGUGUUGACAUCGUCUUCGGUCUGACCGCCGGCGGAAUGCUGCAUGUGCAAAGUGAGGCACAUGCAUUGAAGAUUCCAGGCUGCACAUCGUUCGUGGCGACAGCCUCGCAUCUUGUCUACACCACCAGCCAGCACCUCUUGAAGUUCAUACAUCUUCAUGGAGGGCAGCUUGAGGUGCCACCAGAUGAGCCGGAAAAGGAUGAGCGAUGUCGCAACAUCGAGCGAGGUGCCAAGCUGAUCACGGUCAUGCCUAGCGCGUACUCCCUUGUCUUGCAAAUGCCUCGUGGCAAUUUGGAGACCAUAUACCCCCGAGCGCUCGUCCUUGCCGGUAUCCGUCAUGCGAUUGGCAACCGAGACUACAAGAGAGCCUUCUCCAUUUGCAGGACGCAGCGUGUUGACAUGAACAUCCUCCAUGACUACACCCCUCAGCAGUUCAUGAACGACAUACCACUUUUCAUCAAGCAGGUCAAGAAGAUUGAGUACAUCGACCUCUUCUUGAGCUCACUCUCCGACGAGGACGUAACGCAAACAAUUUACAAGGAGACAAUGCCCGUCGCCGAUGAUGAUAGCGGUAUCGCUAUGAAUGGUGCGACUAACGGCGAUGCGCCUGUACUCGCGCUGUCCAAUCCGCCAAAGAUGAACAAGAUCUGCGAUGCUUUCUUGGAAGUACUAUCUGGUCAUGAGAGCACCUACUUGCAAUGCAUUGUGACGGCACAUGUCUCCAAGAAUCCACCAGAUCUGGAAGCUGGCCUGUCACUCGUAGCGCAGCUGCGGAAGCAGGGCAAGCAGGAGCAGCCUGAACAAGCUGUAGAGCACAUCUGCUUCCUUGCAGAUGUGAAUCAGCUCUACAACACUGCGCUAGGCAUUUAUGAUCUCGAUGUGACCCUCCUCGUUGCACAGCAGUCCCAGAAAGACCCACGGGAAUACCUUCCUUAUCUGCAGCAACUUCAAGACAUGGAGCCUCUCAGGCAGAGACACGCCAUCGACAACGAUCUCAAGCGAUAUUCAAAAGCGCUGAAGCAUCUACACGAAUUGAACGAGUUUGAGGAAGUCAAAGCCUAUGCUGCGAAGCAUGAUCUUUACAGCGCUGCAAUCGAAUUGUAUCGCUACGAUAAUACACGAUUGACGGAGCUGAUGAGGUUGUACGGCAACUAUCUCGACGCCAGAAACCGGUACAAGGAAGCCGGUAUUGCCUUUGAAUACAUACAAGACUAUGGGCUAGCAUACGAAGCAUACCGUGCCUGCAGUAUGUGGCGCGAGUGUCUAGCCUGUGCUGGCUUAACGGACAUGUCCGAUGAGAAAAUGUCAGGCCUCGCCUCUGAUCUUGCAGAAAGCUUAGAAGAAGCCAAAGACUACGUCUCAGCAGCAACGAUAUACCUCGACCACCUCCACGAUCUAGACACUGCAGUCCGCCUUCUUUGCCGCGGCUAUCAAUUCGCAGAUGCAAUCCGCCACAUCUCUCUGCAAAGACGACCCGAGCUCCUCAAAGACCUCGUCGAUCCAGGCCUGAUCGAAGCGUCCGCUAUCAUGACCGAGAUGCUCGCAGAGAUGAAAACACAACUCCAAAACCAAGUUCCGCGCCUCCGCGAGCUUCGGCAAAAGAAGGCAGAGAACCCAAUGGCGUUCUUAGAUGGCGGUGGCGACGAUGACAACAUGCCUGAUGACAUCUCGCUGGCUCCAACCAACACCACUACCGCCGGUACGUUCAUGACGAGGUACACGAAUCGUUCUAUGGGUACGUUGGCGACAGACGUCACACGCAAGACCUCCAAGAAUCGCCGAAGAGAAGAGCGCAAGCGUGCUCGUGGCAAGAAGGGAACCGUCUAUGAAGAGGAGUACCUUGUCAACUCAAUUGCUCGCCUCAUCGAGCGACUCAAUGCCACUGGGGAUGAUACCUCAAGGCUGGUGGAAGGUCUAAUGCGAAGAACAAUGAGGGAGAGAGCUCUGGCUGUCGAUAAGGCUUUCCAGGACGUGGUGGAGUCUUGCGGAGCUUGCAUGGACGAGGUAUUCAUGACACAUGCCGCCCAGCCUGCGCAUACUGGCACACAAGAGAGUGCGGAGGAGCCGCAUCGUCCUUGGGGUGGGCAGGGUGUGUUAUUUGAUGCACUGUCGGCUUCGCAUCAGAAGAAGGAGGCGCCUCUACUGAAAGCGUUCGAAAGGUUGAGCUUGCUAGAGAAGUCGUGA